UUGAGUGCGUUCUUCCGGUGAGGAGAGAGUAAACUUCCUGCGAAAGACAAAAAUUUCAAUGAGCAAGAUUUCUCAGAAAAUCAUGGCAUAUUUGGCGAUCUGAUCUGAACCCGUGACACUAUAUGGAGAGAAAAGGCAACCCUUCCACUUGACGUGAAGCAGAUGACAAAGCACUUUUGUUUUUGAGAAGCAAUAUAAGAAUGAUGGUUGACUCUGAGCCACCCAAGCCAGCACCUAAAAAGCUAUUAAACAGCCUGAUUGAGAUGUGCAUUGUCAUCGGCAUGGACCAGGACACCGGUCUAAUGCCUGGUCCAUCUCAGGCUAAGAGACCCCAGUUUCAGAAUAGUAGCCAUAAUUCUUCUGCUCUAUUCAAUACCAACUUCACUCCAGAAGUCAUUGCAGCUUUAUCAGGCCAAGUAGCGUCUUUUCCGCACUGUGAUACUGAUGUUGAUGGUGAGCCAUUCUACCAAAGUAGCAAGGUGAUGGGCAGAACCCCAGUCAAAUCUAUGGUUAGAAAGUCAAGGCGCUCCUCUAUCACCCCAAAUACUGGCAUGACAGAUCUUCCCGUGUCUACUGAAGUGAUCAAUAGCUUACCUCCACUCUGCUUGCCAGAUGGAGGUUUUGUUAACCAAACAAAGCAAGAAGACUCAGUGCAUUUUUUGGUGCUGACAGAUAUUGAAGGGAACAGAACAUAUUGUUGCUGCUUGACGGUACACAGGCUGUUUGGGGCUAAGGAGAAUGAGAGCAUCCCUGGCUAUGAUCUAGUGCACAUAAAUGACAGUAAUGAUAGAGCCUUACUAAGCUCUGACUACAGCUUAUGCUAUGUGCCCCUCAGCUUUUGUUGUAUCUCCAAGUACCCCUACUUCAGAAUCCUAAAAGACACGCUGUCCAGCUUGUUGCCAGAUCUGCACCGAGACCCAAGCUCUGUCAGGAUGGCAUUGAUGCAGUUUGUGUCUCAUCUUUCUAUGAUACCUGCCCCUCCUGCCGGUUCCCUUGCCCUAGAAUUUUGUCUAAAUAGUGUGAGCCACGUUAUUAAGCCAUCAGAAGACCCAGAGAGCCGAGUGGUAGACAUGGACCUCCAUCUUCCUUUCCUGUGUUUCUCUAUUGGUGACAUUCUCCUCAUCAUCAGCUGUAUCUUGUCGCAGCAGAGGCUCAUCUUUAUGUCAUCGCGGUACUCACUGCUUACCAUCGUCAUAGAGAGUAUAUUUACAUUCAUUCAGCCACUGACGUGGAGUUGGACCUAUGUCCCCGUGUUGCCGAGCAACCUUCUAGAUCUAGUCGAGGCCCCGGGUGCCUACAUCAUGGGAUGUCACAUCCGUCAUAAGACACAGAUUGAAACAGCAAUGAACAAUGACGAGAUGGCUGACAUCAUCAUCGCAGAUAUUGAUGAAGGCUUAGUCAACAUGGGGCGUGACGUCAAAGUUCAUCGCAUUCCAGCUUACAUCGGGGAAUUCUUUAAAUUUAGGAUGAAGAAAGCGCCGAUCCAUUUUGAUUUGCUACUAUCUAAUCGUCCAGCGUUUGAGAGUUUGUCGGAAGUGAAGAAAGAACGAGAACGUUUCAACAGGGAUUUUCACCAGCUUGUGUUAGCAGCGACAAUGGAAAUGAUGGCACGCAUUCUAGGCGAUAUGUCCUCGUAUACAGUCCAAGAAGAGCUCUACUUUGAUUUGGAUGCUUUCAUCGAGUCGAAACCUUCAGAGGAUCAGCCAUUCUACAGAGAGCUUUGCAAGACACACGCAUUUUCAAGUUUUCUAGAUAGUCGCUUGUUACAUCCAGAAAAGAGGGACUAUUUUGCUGCUGUAAGCGAGAAAUUGAAACCCCAACCAAGGCCAGGUCCUUUGCGCAAGCGCAGUUCAUCUUCAUCUCGGUCGCCUGUGCUCUCGGUGACUGACGGGAUUGCUGUGCAGAGUAGCUCCACAGAGUCCGUGCAGCCGACCUUGAUUUUACCACCAUUCACGGCCACGGGAUUACAUACAGGAAGUUUCUACGAUGACUGUUUAGCCGUGUUAUCAGGCAAGAUCAAGGAACCUGAACUCAAAUCCUCUAGUCUGCUUGCCAGUUAUCUCUAUCUACGAGGCAUGUUCAACGUCGCGAGGGGCAACAAAAUUGAGGCUCUUGAAGACUUCUUUGCCGUGUCGAGAUGGAACGUGCAGCUCUUCCCGCAUGAAGUUGUUCGAGAGGUCGUGUCCAGUCUUUCUGUAGCUGAGGAGAAAGAACUGCAGAGCAAAAGCUUCUACAGGAAAACAAGUACCAUGAAACAAACAAGAAAGGAAUAUGAGAGACACGGAAGAGAAAGGAGAAAAGUGGUGACAUCAGCAGUUCCCACAAGCCCUCUCGGCGAAACGGAGUUCUUGAAGCGCAUUAGUAUGCUGCAAACGACGAGCGCGGACUCCGGGAAAAAGCUCUUUGAGGCCCUCACACUUAACAAGCCAAACAGCGUCGUGGACCCGGACGUCUUUGCGUGUUUUUACGAGGCACUUAGUGAGGCAGACCGUGAGGCCCAGGCCAUACCAUGGUGGGGCAUCACUCCCGAGGAGGGAGAGUUUGUUGUUAUCGCAUCUCAAGUGAUCAGAACAGACCGAGCUAUGGGCAGACUGAUUCUCACUUCUAACAGGCUGUUGUUCAUAGUGGAGGGAGCGUACAAGUGCGAGAUGAUCACAAGACUGGAAGACAUACAGGACAUUGAGUACUACCAGCACUACGUGGUCCUACCGCCCGGUGUACCCGCUCUUAAGAUAACUAGUAGAAAUAAGAAAGUCCCACAGGUGAUAGCCUGCCUUAAGGAGAAUCGCCCUUUCUGGUUUGCGUGCUUGAAGGAAAUGGUCGCGGGCGUUACGAUCAGUGAAGAAUCUAAAGACCUCCAGGGCAUCAAGCAAGCUGCCCAGAAUGUUAUGGUGGCAGAUGCGUUAAGGAGAAGCGGACACAGUGAAGUUGGAUUUGGGCACGUUCUCUACCUCAGCAAGAUUCCUAUCACCAAGAAACUCUCCAAAGAGACGAAGAGGGCCCUAGAGGUGCGAAUCGACCCGACCCCUCAAGCUAACAGCAGCGAGAAGACCACGGUGGAGGCGAUGGUCUAUGCGCCUGAAACUGAAAGUUGUCGCGGAGAAGUCUGGUGUGGCCUGGGCUCAGGAGCAGUUGCUGUGAUUGAUGCCGUCAGUUGGAAACUUGUGACCCAGUUUCGCUAUGCCAAAGAUCGGGUGAGCUGUCUGGUCCCAGUUGGCGAUGAGCACAUUUGGGUCGGCUCCAUGGAUACCACCAUCUACAUCAUCAAUAGACGGACCAUGCAAGCUGACCAGCAGCUCCACGGCCAUGCCGACUACAUCUCGCACAUGAUCACAACCACCGCGGACAAUGGGAGUGUGACGGUGUGGAGCGCGAGUCUGAAUGGGUUGAUCAUCGGCUGGGACCCUGACACCCUUACCGCCAAGAAAUCUUUGAAAAUGAGCAACGUCCAGACGCUGACAUACCUUAUUGCGCUUGGUGACUACUUCUGGUGUGUUACAAGAUCUUCAGUCCUGGUAGUCAACAUACACUCAGAUGGAAGUUCGUAUGAACAACUAACCUUGCCCACCAAGUCGGAGUCCCCUAGGUCCAUCGACUGUAUGUGCGCGGUUCCUCCUAACAAGGUCUGGACAGCGAUUGAUCGUAAGGGCCUGGUGGCGAUUUGGGACAUUGCGACUCACGAGUAUGAGAUGGUGGAGAUUCCUUGUAAAGGCUUCACUCAGAUGAUACAUCUGGAGGGAAAGGUGUGGGCUGGGGGGAGAAAUGGCAGCCUUUAUGUCAUCGAUGCAGAGACAUGUAGAAGCGAGCGGGAGCUGGAGCUGCACAGUGACCGCGUCCGUUCUAUGUGCCUCACGAGCGACUUGUUUAUCCUGACCGGUCCGGGCUCCAAGGAUGGUCGCAUCGCGGUUUGGAGGUCCCACUUGGUGGAGGAUGUCGUGGAUGCCCCAGGCUUUGAGGUGGUAGAGGAGUCGAAGAUUGUAAGAGGGGUGCACAGCUGACCCCCUCCCUUCCCCCAUCACAAGAGAACGUCUAGAGGAAUGUUAAUUCUGAUUUAGACAGAAAUAUUUAGUUGUAUGCGACACUUCUACAACCCAAGGCGUCGACUAUAAAAGUUGAAGCGUGUAAUUCAGGGCUAAGAUAUGUCGUAUGCAGAUCGCAUAAGACUAAGUCUUGCUGUCAUUUUUAGCUAAUUUCCAUUCUAAUGUCAGAAGACCACAAAACUGAAUAACAACGAGCUGGCUGUUCAGUAUAGAGGGGCCUGGGAAUGGGUCUUAGGUAACCUUACGCAACGCAAAGAGUUGUAGAAAAACGCUGGGUUAACAAAGAUAUGUAUUACUUUUCUAAUCUUGGUGACGCUAGCAACCCAGAUAAAGAUUUGAUUUCUUUUCAAAGAAAAUUUUAAAUUUUAAAGAUUAAUAAAAAAUAUCGUUAUUGAUUAGAAUCAUGGAGCUAGAAAAGGCCUUCUAUCUCCAUACUAGAGUAUAGAAUAGAAAUAUUCAUUUUCCUGAUUACAAUAUUUUUUUAAGUUCUUGACUUGAAUAAAAAAAAUGAUAUAUA